AUGACUGGGACAGAUGAUGCUCAGGAUAACGGCCCUCCCCCCCCAACCGAGAACCCUUCCCGCGAGGGCGAUAGUGACGAUGACGAUGGCGAUGGCGAGGAUCGGCGAUAUGAUGACGAUGAGGAGGAGGACGAUGAUGAUGACAACGAUGAGGACGAUGAAGACGAUGAUGAAGAUGACCCGUUUGGUGCAUUCGGCGGUCCGGGCGGGGCCGGGCUUUCAGGAACUCUACGAGCACUCAGCGGCAUCAUGUCCGGAUUCACCUCUCGACUUCGGGACCUGUUGAAUAGCCUCCGCCAGGACGAUCUGUCAGUCCAGCUGAUAGCACUGCAGGAGCUCUCCGAAAUACUGCUUGUGUCGAAUGAGGACAACUUAUCCGGCCAUUUUUCACCCGACGCUUUCGUAAAGGAGCUCGUGUCAUUGAUGAACAAAGAGGAAAGCCCGGAGAUUAUGCUUGUGUCAUGUCGUUGCCUAGCUAAUCUGAUGGAAGCCCUGCCGUCCAGCGUGGCAAAUGUUGUAUAUGGCAAUGCGGUACCUGUGCUUUGCCAAAAGCUCCUGGAGAUUUCAUUCAUCGACCUGGCCGAGCAAGCUCUAAGCACUCUGGAGAAGAUAUCUGUUGAGUAUCCUGCCAGCAUUGUUCGCGAGGGCGGCUUGACAGCAUGCCUCUCCUUUCUAGACUUCUUUCCCACAAGCACGCAGAGAACUGCGGUAACCACUGCUGCCAACUGCUGCCGUAAUAUUCCGGACGACUCCUUUCCCGUUGUUCGGGAUGUUAUGCCAACUCUGUUAAAUGUCCUGGAUAGCAAUGACCAACGAGUUGUGGAACAAGCAGCCCUUUGCGUUUCCGGCAUUGUUGAGAGCUUCAAAGAAGAUGCAGACAAACUCGAGGAGCUCGUCAGCGUUCCACUACUCCGGGUCGUGUUACGACUCCUUCACCCUGGCAGUACGAAUCUGAUUGGUUCUAACAUCCAUACUCAAUUUCUGCGAGUGUUGGCAUUUACCGCCCGCGCAAGCCCCAAGCUGUCGGCUGAACUCUUCAAGCUCAAUGUGGUCGAGACCCUCUAUCAAAUUCUAACUGGUGUAUCCCCCCCAAGCGGAACUGAGGAUGUUGCCUCAAAACUCGACAGCGUGGUUAUCAUGCAGGCCCUGAUCCAUCGACCCCGAGAGCAAAUAGUCGAAACACUCAAUGUCAUCUGCGAGCUGCUUCCCAGCCUUCCCCGAAACGCAGAUCCCGUUUGUGGCGACUUUGUAGAGCUCAAUGCUUCCCGAGAAGCAAACGCCUCUUCAUCAGGUGAUAGCAGUGGUUCUAACGAUAAGCGGAUCGCCUUGCUGGAGGAGUGCAAGGAAGAAGUCAGACGGUUUGCACUUAUCCUGUUCCCUACUUUGACGGAUGCUUUCUCCAGUACAGUGAAUCUGAGUGUCCGACAAAAAGUCCUGACGGCACAGCUGAAAAUGCUUUCUAAUUUGGACAAGGAUAUCCUUGCCGAGGCACUAACAUCUGUUCCAUAUGCAUCUUUUAUGGCAUCAAUCUUGUCUCAGCAGGAUCACCCGACUUUGGUCAUGCUGGCUCUUCAAGCUACCGAAUUGCUACUGAGCCGUCUUGAUGAUGUGUUCCAUUACCAGUUCUAUCGCGAGGGAGUUAUUGCAGAAAUCACUGCCUUAGCUAAUGAGCAAGAUCCCCCAGUCGAAAGUCACAAUCGGAAUAGCGAGGGAGACACAACUCUUACCGAAGCACAUGACACAGGAAAUAAUGCCGAUCAGGCCAGGCAUGACUCCAGCAAUGAUGAGGACGAUGACAGGGAUGGAGAGACCUCGGAUGACGAAGAGGAUGAAGAGAAUGGUGACGGCGAGGGUGAUGAUGAGGGUGAUGAUGAUGAGGAGGAAGAGAAUGACCAUGAAGCAAUCCACAGAGAUGAUGCAUCGCCGGUUAGCUCUCGGGGAUCCACGAUGUCCCUCGAUGCACCCGUCUACCGACUGUCUUCCGAUGGUCACUCGAUGAAGUCGCGGAUCCGUCAUGUGGCAAAGAAAUUCUUGGAGGCUCGUGAGAGUGAUCAACACGACCAGACUAUGAGGGACAGGGCGAAUGACAUUCUCAACGAUCUUUCAAAGCUUGCCACUGACCUCGAAGAUUUCUUCCUCAAGCGUACCGCUACCGACCUCUCUCCUGGGCGGGGUAGAGUUCUCUUCGAAAAAUUAGCUGCUUAUUUUGACUCCAACGUCCUAGAGAGCGUCACCAGUUCCGAGCUUUUAGCAUCCGGUCUUGUCCGGGUGCUGGUCAAUGUGUUUGGCAAUCCCGAUGAGCAACUUACGCGGUCGGCUCGGACCACCUUCCUCGAGGUCUUCAUGGGAAAUACAGUCAAGUCAAAGCCAAAGAGUGCCGCAGGAGACUCGCCUGUGACACCCUACAGCGUGAUGAUACAUAAGCUACAAGACUUGCUCAGUAGGUCAGAGCAUUUCGAAGUUCUCACAGUGCACCAGAAUUCUUUCGAUGGUAAUAGGAGCAGUCCUGCAUCGAUGCUAGGGAAGCAAAUCCGCCUACGUUUAGUCGCCGAUGAUGACUCUGACAUCCCUCGACCUUAUCGGAGCAUCAUGGUCUCAAUUCACGCAAUCGCCACAUUCAAGUCCUUGGACGAAUAUCUCCGGCCUCGAAUUAGUCUUAGUGAACGACCUCGUGGCUCACGACGAGAUGGCCUGACUAGAGCUCUGGCCGCCAUGGCUGGUGGUGCGUUCCCCAUGAGCACUGCUGCUGCAGCUCGACUCGCUGGAUUAGGAAACAUGCCCCCGCCCCCUCCUCCGCCAGCAGCCCCCUCCUUCUCCCGAUCAUCCCGUCGAGCGAAGACUCGCUCUACCCCUUCAACUGAGUCUCCGACUGUCCCUGAUCCCCUCUCGGAAUCUUCGCGUGAGAAGGGAGUCUUGAGGCGCAGUUCGAGGCGUCAGGCCGCAUCAGAAGAGACACCAACGCCUCCACGACCUCCCCCAGACGAGGAUGAUGAGGUCCAAGAUACACUCGAGUGUGCAGAUGAAAAGCAACUAACCGACGACGAGGAUAUGGGCGAUACCAGUGCCCUAGACGCCAUCGUUGGGGAUCUGCAAGAAGAAUUGGGCGAUGAACCCCCUGCGGAUCCCUCUGCUGUCAACAUGGAAGUAGCUACCGAGGGGAGCGUCACGGCACGCAAGGAAGAUGGCAGUAGGGUUUCUACACCAGGAGCCUCCACUGGAAGCAAGCGUCCAGGGCCGCCUCCGCCCCCCAGUGGUGCAACACCUUCAUCCUCUCGGUCCGUUUCGUAUGCCUCCGCUCUCCAAGCGACACCUCAGGACUGGCAUAUCGAAUUCAGCUUGGAUGGGAAAGUUGUGCCCAACGAAACGACAAUCUACCGCGCUGUCCAUACAUCAACUGCCAACUCCGGGGAACCUGUGACUCGCAGUAUCUGGUCCGCAACACAUCCCGUCAAAUUUAGACGAGUGCCUGGACCUCCCUCCACCGAGUCGUUGACGUCGGCCUCUAAUGGAGAGACCGACGGUGAAUUUGAAAAUGGCAUCCCGGCAUCUUUGGCAAAGCACCCCUCAACUGCUUUUAUUUUAAGGUUGCUCAAUAUUCUCCAUGAGCUCAAUGCCAAUAUCGAGGACGUCCUAAUGGACAAGAAGAAUGGGAUCGUGGGCCUUUACCGGGAGCCCCUCUCUCAGUUCGUGAACACCAAACUCACUGCCAAGUUAAACCGCCAACUCGAAGAACCUCUCAUCGUUGCAAGCAACUGUCUUCCUGGAUGGUCUGAAGAUCUUGCACGACUCUACCCCUUCCUCUUCCCAUUUGAAACAAGACAUCUCUUCCUUCAAUCGACUUCUUUCGGGUAUGCGCGGUCAAUGACCAGAUGGCAAAACACGCAAUCAGCAGAGGAAAGUCGCCGCGACCGCCACAACGAACGCCCAUUCCUUGGGCGUCUUCAGCGGCAGAAAGUACGUAUCUCACGUACCAAAAUCCUUGAGUCUGCCCUAAAAGUCAUGGAUCUAUAUGGUGCAUCUCAGAGCAUCUUGGAAGUUGAAUACUUUGAGGAGGUCGGGACUGGCCUCGGGCCAACCCUCGAGUUCUACUCCACUGUCUCUCUCGAGUUCUCGAAGAAGAAACUCAAACUGUGGCGUGACAUCGAUUCCGAUAUAUCAAGUGAGUUUGCUACAGUUCAAACCGGCUUAUUCCCCCGUCCCAUAAGCGACCAAGAGGCGUCAACACCUAAUGGCGAACGUAUUCUCCACCUAUUCAAGAUGCUUGGAAAAUUCGUGGCGAGGUCAAUGAUUGAUUCUCGUAUCGUUGAUAUUCACUUAAACCCCAUCUUCUUCCGAAUCGGAGAGGCUACAUCGGCAGGAGUCAAGCCAUCACUCGGCGCGGUUAAGAUGGUCGAUCCUGGCCUAGCUCAGUCUCUUAUGACAAUCAAGGAUUUCGCCAUAGCGAAGAAACAAAUCGAUGAGGACCCCAACAAGACGCCAGCACAGAAAGUGGCUGAAUUAGCAGAUAUUUCAAUCGACAACGUGCGUUUGGAAGAUCUGUGCCUUGAUUUCACUCUUCCUGGCUAUCCAGAAAUUGAGCUCGAAGAUGGUGGGGCUCACACAAGGGUGACGAUUGACAACGUCGAAUCUUACCUUGCAAAGGUGAUCGAUGUGACACUAGGCUCGGGAGUACGUCGUCAAGUAGAUGCCUUCCGCUCUGGAUUUUCCUCAGUAUUCCCUUACUCUGCUCUGAGUGCAUUCACACCAGACGAGCUUGUGAAUCUAUUCGGAAGAACUGAUGAGGAUUGGUCCCUUGAGACUCUCCUCGACUCCAUCAAGGCGGACCAUGGCUACAACAUGGAGAGCCCCAGCGUUCGAAACCUGCUCCAACUGAUGAGUGGGUUCGAUGCCACAGAAAGACGAGACUUCCUACAGUUCACGACCGGAAGUCCCAAGCUACCAAUUGGAGGCUUCAAGAGCUUAACGCCCAUGUUCACUGUGGUGUGCAAACCAAGUGAAGAACCAUACACGUCCGAUGACUAUCUUCCCAGUGUCAUGACAUGUGUCAACUAUCUCAAGCUACCAAAUUACAGCGGCGUCGAGGUGAUGGACAGGCAGCUCUCAAAGGCAAUGAAGGAGGGACAAGGGGCAUUCCAUCUCUCCUAA